UCAGUUGUUGAUAAUGAGAGAUAAAUGAUCUAUUAAACUUUUAACUACCUUGAAUUUUUAAUGUUUAGUUUUUGGGAUUAAGUGUAAAUUGUCAAUUAUGAUAUAAGGUAGUUUAUGUAAAAUGUCAUUAUUGAUAAACAAACUAGGAUCGUACUGUAAAACUAAUUAUAUUAUCGUACAAAGUUCAAGAACAAAAUCAACUGUGAGAGAUAAAUUUCGUGAAACACUUCAAAAUGGUCCAGAUUUAAUUGAUUUUAUAAAUGAUGCACCUGAAACAAAACCAUACAAUGGUAAGCUGCGCCGAGCUAAAGGCGAAGAAGAAAGACUGCGUUUACCACCAUGGCUUAAGACUCAAAUACCAACCGGUGAAAAUUUUUCUAGAAUUAAAGAACAGUUAAAAGAUUUAAAUUUACAUACUGUAUGUGAAGAGGCUAGAUGUCCUAAUAUUGGAGAAUGUUGGGGAGGAGGUAAACAUGGAACUGCUACAGCAACUAUUAUGUUAUUAGGUGAUACUUGUACUAGAGGUUGUCGAUUUUGUUCAGUAAAAACUUCUAGAGCUCCAAUGCUACCUGAUUUAAAUGAACCUAUUAACACUGCUCAAGCAAUUGCAUCAUGGGGCUUAGAUUAUAUUGUUUUAACAUCAGUUGAUCGUGAUGAUCUAAAAGAUGGCGGUGCUGCUCAUAUUGCAAAAACUGUAAUAGAAAUAAGAAAACGUAAUCCUAAUAUUAUGAUAGAAUGCUUAGCACCAGAUUUCCAAGGCUCUGUUGAACUUAUAAAAAUCAUUGUUGAUUCCGGUCUAGAUGUUUUUGCCCAUAAUGUCGAAACUGUUGAAAAAUUAACACCAUUUGUUAGGGAUAGAAGAGCAAAUUAUAGACAAUCUAUGUCAGUUUUAAGAUCAGCUAAAGAAUUAAAUCCAACUCUAAUUACAAAGUCAUCUAUUAUGUUAGGGCUUGGCGAAACUGAUGAACAAAUUCUUCAAACUUUAAAAGAUUUAAAAGAUUCAUUAGUGGAUUGUGUAACACUUGGUCAGUAUAUGCAACCAACAAAACGGCAUUUAAAAGUUGUUGAAUAUGUUACACCUGAAAAGUUUAAAUAUUGGCAAGAAAUGGGGGACAAAUUGGCUUUUAUGUAUACUGCUAGUGGACCUCUUGUUCGUAGCUCAUACAAGGCUGGUGAAUACUUCAUUGGAAAUGUAUUAAAAAAACGAAGAAAAGUGAUAACAUCUGAAUCCUUAGAUAGUUCAUGACAGUUUUAAUUUAUAUUUUUAUUUAUUGUUAUUAUUAAAUUGUUACAUUUUUUUGUGUUUUUUAAAAUAUGUUAUUUAAUAGCUAGAAAAUUAUUUUUUUGUGACUGUUUUAAUCAUUUAAUAAUAUACUUUUUGUUCAUCUAGUUGAAAAAUACAAAUUUCAAACAAAUUUGAUUAAUUAAUUCAAAA